GCUGCGCGGGCGGCGCCUGGCUCGCCGCCGCCUCCCCCUGGGCGUCCGCGCAGCCGGGUCUUUGUCCGCCGGCCCCGCGGCCGCCCGCGCUUUGUUCCCCGCGCUCGUGGGCUGGGGCGCACCGCCGAGCAGCCCCCCGCGCAGCGCUGGCGUCGUCCUCGUCCCCCUCGCCGCCCCCCGCGCGCGGCCGGGCCUUGCCCCCCAUGGUCUCCCGGCCCGAGCCGGAGACCGAGGCCAUGGACGCGGAGCUGGUGGUGACGCCGCCGGGCUGCUCGCACCUGAGCAGCUUCAAGGUGGACAACUGGAAGCAGAACCUGCGGGCCAUCUAUCAGUGCUUCGUGUGGAGCGGCACGGCGGAGGCUCGCAAGCGCAAGGCGAAGUCGUGCGUCUGCCACGUCUGUGGCGUCCACCUGAACCGGCUUCACUCCUGCCUGCACUGUGUCUUCUUCGGCUGCUUCACAAAGAAACACAUCCAUGAACACGCCAAGUCCAAGCGGCACAACCUGGCCAUAGAGCUCAUGUAUGGCGGCAUCUACUGCUUUCUCUGCCACGACUACAUAUAUGACAAGGACAUGGAAAUCAUCGCCAAAGAGGAGCAGCGCAGAGCUUGGAAACUGCAAGGCGUUGGAGAGAAGUUUUCAACUUGGGAACCUACCAAACGGGAGCUCGAACUGCUGAAGCACAACCCGAAAAGGCGAAAGAUCACCUCCAACUGCACCAUAGGUCUGCGAGGGCUGAUCAACCUUGGUAACACCUGCUUCAUGAACUGCAUCGUCCAGGCGCUCACCCACACGCCACUGCUGCGAGACUUCUUCCUCUCCGAUAGGCACAGGUGUGAGAUGCAGAGCCCCAGCUCCUGUCUGGUCUGCGAGAUGUCGUCGCUUUUUCAAGAGUUCUACUCCGGGCACCGCUCCCCCCACAUCCCCUACAAGUUGCUGCACCUGGUGUGGACUCACGCACGGCACCUGGCGGGGUACGAGCAGCAGGAUGCGCACGAGUUCCUCAUUGCCGCCCUGGACGUCCUGCACCGACACUGCAAAGGUGACGAUAAUGGGAAGAAGGCCAACAACCCCAACCACUGCAACUGCAUCAUCGACCAGAUCUUCACGGGCGGGCUGCAGUCCGAUGUCACCUGCCAAGUCUGCCAUGGAGUCUCUACCACCAUAGACCCCUUCUGGGACAUCAGUUUGGAUCUGCCUGGCUCUUCCACCCCGUUCUGGCCCCUGAGCCCCGGGAGCGAGGGCAGUGUGGUGAACGGGGAGAGCCACGUAGCGGGAACCACUACGCUCACGGACUGCCUGCGAAGAUUCACCAGACCGGAGCACUUAGGGAGCAGCGCCAAGAUCAAGUGCAGCGGUUGCCACAGCUACCAGGAGUCCACAAAGCAGCUCACCAUGAAGAAACUGCCCAUUGUAGCCUGUUUUCAUCUCAAACGAUUCGAGCACUCGGCCAAGCUGAGGCGGAAGAUCACCACAUACGUGUCCUUUCCCCUAGAGCUGGACAUGACGCCCUUCAUGGCGUCCAGCAAAGAGAGCAGGAUGAACGGACAGUACCAGCAGCCAACAGACAGUCUCAACAAUGACAAUAAGUACUCCUUGUUUGCCGUAGUUAACCACCAAGGGACCCUGGAGAGUGGCCACUACACCAGCUUCAUCCGGCAGCACAAGGACCAGUGGUUCAAGUGUGACGAUGCCAUCAUCACCAAGGCCAGCAUUGAGGAUGUGCUGGACAGUGAGGGAUACCUGCUGUUCUACCACAAACAGUUCCUGGAGUAUGAGUAGCCUUACCUGCGGCUGGUCCCC